CGUUCUUCUUCCGGUUAUAAUUUGACAAGGUGGUUCUAAUAUCCAACUUCUAUUCAGAAUGCCACGAGAAAUCAAAGAAAUUAAGGACUUUCUUUUAAAGGCUAGAAGGAAGGAUGCAAAAUCUGUAAAAAUCAAGAAGAACUCUGACAAUGUUAAGUUCAAGGUUCGUUGUUCAAGAUUUUUGUAUACCCUUGUAAUUACAGACAAGGAAAAGGCAGAGAAACUAAAGCAGUCCUUACCUCCAGGUCUUCAAGUAAAGGAGGUAAAAAGAUGCGAACGAAUGUAAUUAAUAAAAUAAAGUAAUUUUACAAACC